AAGGCAACAAUCUCGCACUGUAAUCAUCAAUGAUCAUCAUUGAGAUAUCAAUAAUUAUCAAUGAUGAUCAUCGCUAUUAUGAUCAGAUGGAAGGUAAUUUAUCUUUUCAACGUGAAUCAAUUUCAUUUUCAUUUGAUAUUAUGUCGCCGAAUCCUCAUAAACAAAACGAAAUAUUACAGCAAUAUCCCAAUGAUCAUACUGUAAAUGUCAUUGGUUUAAAUCCUCCAUUAGCUGAUUUCGAUCGAAUAUUUCAACCUCAUGAUGAAUUGUAUCGAUUGGAAUCGCGCGACCAUUCACGUUAUCAAUCUUCGUGGCUAGUUUAUGGUGCAACAUUAAGCGCUCAUAUGGCUUCGAUUACAUUGGGCAGUGCAUUUGGAUGGAAUUCACCUGCUAUGGAGGAAAUGAAUGAAAAUUAUACUGAUUCCAGCGGCUGGCAUACACCAUUAUUGCCUUCUAAUAAGGAAAAACGUCUAAUAUCAUCAAUCCUAUCUAUUGGUGCAAUUUUUGGCGGUCUUCUAUGUGGAUUGUUCAUUGAUCUUCUUGGACGACGAAAAACAUUAAUGUCAUUAGGAUUACCGUUUGGUAUUGGUUGGCUUUGUAUUGGAUUUGCACGUAGUUCAUUUCUCAUUCUAUCAGGACGUAUAAUAACGGGAUUAGGUAUCGGUAUUGCUCUUGCAACUGUUCCCACAUAUCUUGCGGAAAUCGCAACACCAAAUGAUCGUGGUCAUAUCGGGAUGAGUUUUAAUUUUUUUGUCGUACUCGGCAUCGUUUUUAUGGAUAUUAUCAACAUUUUUAAUUUUCAUUGGAAUCAAUUGGCAUUUUGGGCAUUAUUACCUGCAGCCUUAUUAGUGAUAACAAUGUAUUUUAUGCCCGAAACACCAACAUGGUGUAUGAAUCGCAUAACAGUAUCAAAUGAAGCUUUAAUUAUGGCUGAAAAAAAUCUUCGUCGUUUGCGAACAAAAGAAAGUGAUAUUCAUGGCGAACUUCGUGAUCUUUAUGAAUUUGCACAGCAGGUUCGUUUGGCAAAGAAAAAUCGAAUCAAAUUAUCCAUGCGUUCGAUUCAGCGUCCUGAUAUUUAUAAACCGAUGUUGAUUGCAAUAUUUGCAUUGUUUUUUCAACAAUUUUCCGGUGUCAAUGGUGUUCAAUUUUAUAUGAACGAUAUUUUCGCCAGAUCUGGUUCCAAUUUAACUGCUAAACAAUCGACACUAAUAUCUAAUGCUUUUAUGCUACUUGCUACGAUUGUUGGCGCUUUUGCUAUUGAUCGAUUCGGAAGAAGAAUUUUGAUUAUGCUUUCGGCAUUAGGAAUGGCUUUAAGCAUAGGUGCAUUAGGGUUCUAUUAUUAUAAACAUCCAGAAUUAGCUCAUGAUUAUGAUGGAUCGAUCGAGCCGACUAGUUCUCACCUACCGAUCAUAUGCCUGUCCAUAUUUGUCAGCUCAUUUUCGUUGGGUGUUGGUCCAAUCACUUGGAUUAUAAUUACUGAAAUAACGCCACCACAAACCGUUUGGCUGAUUUCAUCCAUAGCAUCAAUAUUUUCUUGGAUUUUCACAUUUAUUGUCGUUAAUGAAACACAAUCAUUUUUCAUCAUAUUCAAUGAAUAUGGUACAUAUUGGAUAUUCUCAUCGAUCAGUUUUAUUUGUAUCAUAUUCGCCUAUUGUUUACCCGAAACUAAAGGAAAAACUAUGGAAGAAAUUGGAAAAAUUUUUAAUUAUUAAACACUAUUACCCGUGUAUUGUUUGUAAAGAAAUUAAUGAGAUUUUGUUUGUUUUAGAAAGAAUAAUUUCAAAGAAU